GGUGCGCAAAACGGAGGGGGAGAGGGAGGAACGCGAAAACGAGGAGGCGAGACAGAGGGAGGAAAAUCAGAGGCUCGAGGAACAGAGGCGUGUGGAGCGCAAAAAAGAGGAGAAGCGGCAGUGGGAGGAGGAAGAGCAGAAGAGGGAGGAGAAAAGCAAGGCGGAGCGCGAAAGUGAGGAGAAGCUGCAGAAGGAGGAGGAAGAGCGAAAGAGGGAGGACGAGAGAAAGGUCGAGCGCGAAAAGGAGGAGAAGUGGCAGAAGGAGGAGGAAGAGCAAAAGAGGGAGGAUGCGAGUAAGGUUGAGCGCGAAAAGGAGGAGAAGCGGCAGAGGGAGGAGGAAGAGCGGAAGAGGGAGGAUGCGAGUAAGGUUGAGCACGAAAAGGAGGAGAAGCGGCAGAUGGAGGAGGGAGAGCGAAAGAGGGAGGAAGCGAGUAAGGUUGAGCGCAAAAAUGAGGAGAAGCGGCAGAGGGAGGAGGAAGAGCGGAAGAGGGAGGAGGCGCGGAAUGUGGAGCGCGAAAAGGUGGAGAAGCGGCAGAAGGAGGAGGUAGAGCGAAAGAGGGAGGAGGCGAGGAAUGUGGAGCGCGAAAAGGAGGAGAAGCGGCAGGAGGAGGAGGAAGAGCGAAAGAGGGAGGACGCGAAUAAGGCUGAGCGCGAAAAGGAGGAGAAUCGGCAGAGGGAGGAUGAAGAGCGGAAGAGGGAGGAGGCGAGGAAGGUUUAG